UUAGACAUUAUAAUCAGACACAGUUUUGUCUAGUUCUCAAAAUGAUCGCACAAGUCGCCUUCUUCUGCGCCGCCCUUGUGGCCGCUCAAGCCUCCCUGCUCGCUGCACCCAUCGUCAGCACCGGAGUCAGCAACAGAGCUCAGACUCAGGAUGCUUUCGGCAACUAUGCUUUCAACUAUGGAAUUCAAGACGGUCUUGGUGCCAGCAACUCCCGAGCUGAAGUAGGAGAUGCCCAUGGAAACAAGAAGGGAACCUACACCAUUGCUGACAUUGACGGACGAGCCCGACGAGUUGAUUACGUUGCUGAUGGUCUUGGAUUCCGAGCCACCGUCAAGACCAAUGAACCAGGUACAGCUGCCAGUGCCCCAGCUGCUGCCCUCAUUGCUAGCCCCUACGCUGGACCUGUCGCCCCAGUCGUCAACCAUGUAGCCCCAGCUGCUCCAGUGGCUGUUGCUGCCCCUGCUAUCGCUGCCCCCGUAGCUUAUGGUGGAGUUAUUGGACACGGAGCUGCCCUUGGUCUUGGAUACGGAGCAGCUCUUGGUCUUGGACAUGGUGCUGCCCUUGGAUACGGAGCCGGUAUCUAUGGUGCUGGAAUUGCCAAAGCUUUGAUCUAAGAAUUACGUGCUAAAUUUCAAAGGGUACUUGUUAUUGAUGUUUAAAAAUUGGAUGUUAUUUAUUGAAGAAUUUAAUUGGAGGGAAUUUAUAUGAAAUAAAUUUCAUUUUCUUUCGA